AUGAUAAGAACAAUCUUCUCAAGAGCCUUGUCGAGACAACAUUCGAUACGCAUAUAUCAAUCGUCAAUACGUUAUAGAUCAUGUGCCAUUCCCAAACACCAGUACCAUACGUCGCAGAAUACUAGAGAGCUCGACCCGCGUAGUCGACGAAGUCGUACAAGGAGCGUCCAGUAUGCCUUCGACCCAGUCAACAUUGCGGCCGCGAAUCGACCAUCCAAUCUAUUCUCCUUCCUACGCCCUGAUAGCGUUUCGCUCUCCAUCUUCCAGCACGCGAAUUCCAUCGUCCCGUCCAGCCUUGGUGUCCCAUGGCCCACCUCGUUCCCUUCCUGCUUACAGUCGAAAUACUGGGUAGAAAUGGAGGAGACGGCAAGGGCAUAUACCGAAGAACUUCUAGCCCAACAACCGGAAAGGUAUCAAGCGAAAUAUAUUGAGGCAAUGAUCGAUGCGGCAGUCUCGCUACCGGUAAUUGCGGCUCCAAUGGGCAACUUGACGAGGAUGAAGGUCCUCGCAAAGCUCUACGUCUUAGUCUUUAUCAGUGAUGAUCUGGUUGAUUCCGGGAAUCGAUUGACGAUGAUACCCAAUCAUAUCGAGGGGAAAGAGGAACAAGGACCAGAGUAUACAUUCUACAAUAUGUUGGCUAAAGAGAUCCUCUCGGAAGAUAUUGUUAAGGGGAAACGACUGCUGGAAAGUUGCAUAUCCUGGAUAUCGGCGACCCAACAAACGCCCCCUGAGUCGUUUCCCACAUUAGAGGAUUAUAUGGCGUAUCGGGCGGAUGAUGCGGGAGGAUAUGCCGUGUUCCGCAGUAUGGAAUUCGCUUGCGAUGUUUCCUUUUCCGACACUGAUUUCGAAGCCGUCGCGCGUCUCAGAUCGCUCUGUGAAAAGCAUUUCUUACUAACCAAUGACCUGUACUCCUAUGCUAAAGAAGCAGUCGCAGCACAGAAGCAUGGCACUUCUGUCCUCAACGCCGUUAGAGUCGUUCAGCGCUUGAUGAACAUCUCUGAAGAUUCGGCAAAAACGUGUGUUCGCCAACUUAUCUGGGAUGUAGAACGCCAGAUGAACGAGGAAUAUCAACGUCUUCUUCCGGGUGCACCACAGUCGCAGCUAACAUACGCUCAGGGUUUGAUUGUCUGCGUUGCAGGGAACAUGUUCUUCUCAGCGACCUGUGCUCGUUACGCGCGAGUCGUUGAGGGUUCGAGAUUGCAUACCUAG